AUGUUAGAGAAGUCGUCCUAUCUCCGACUUGGCAGUAGAUAUUUGCUAUCAUACCAGGCAAAUGCGCUUUUAUGGAAGAUACAACAUGAACCGAUACAGAAUGAGCUUAUCGUGAUUCAAUAUCCAGGCAUAAUUAAGAAUGUUGAUCACGCACUGGAAACACUUGGAGGUUUGCCAAAGAUUUCGCAUAAUCACUUCUGCGGUCACGCACUGGAGCUUCGACACACACCAGAGAAUCCCUACACGAGUGCUUCAGUCUCAGAAAAGAAGGUGGAUGCAGUGGUGACUUCUGGCACUCUUCGUGUGAUAAUGCAGAUUCGGCGAAAGAAGAAGAAACCAAGUGUGAUUGAAACAAAAUUUUUAGGCCUGGUUAAUUAUGUUUAUACUUUCGAUACAAUGUGCGAUUUCCAAUAUCUGCCGUUGAAGAAACGGCAAGACAAGGACGAAUUUGACGAUUUAAUACCUCGCCUCAUACCGCAAGACCUUCCGGGUGCCUUAUGUUGGUGGGACAGGCCUGAUGCUCAUUCCGGAUACACGCCACUCUACCUUCCUCCGUACCAGUUUAGCCGUUACAAUACGCCCUCGAAUAAGCUCCUCUGUCGCGACACUGAUUUCGCAUUGGAAAAGAGUCGGCGAAAAACAGGGCAUGGACAGAAUUUGCGAUUGCACAGAAAAGCGCUUUCGGUGACUGUGCAAGCAAAUGACAUAUUCCCAGAUGCGCCAACACCAGAGGCGGUGGCGGAUGCAGAUUUCAGAUGCAAGAACGAAGAACCUCAUAAAAUGAUAGCAGCUCUAUAUCGAGAACGACCUAUGUGGACGAGAGUCGCUAUUGCAUACAAGACAGGGCUCGAAUAUACUUUGUUGAAAACACUACUGCAAAAAUACGCAUUUUACAUUCAGUCAGGACCUUGGGGUAGGCUGUGGUGCAAAUUCGGCUACGAUCCACGGAAAGACCCUGAGGCGAAAAAUUACCAAACGUUGAUGGUGUCGUUUAGGCAGCACACCAGAAUUCCAGAAAGACAACGUCUAAAGGUGUCAUCAGAUCGUGGUUAUCAGUCGGAUGCGUCGGCUAUAGUACAUUACACAUAUCAACAAGGGCGUCUCCCUCGGGUACGACAGAUGUGGUAUAGCUUGUGCGAUAUCAAAUUACCUCUAGCUGAAACACUGUUGAAGAAAGACUACAGCAAGGUAUCAGAGCCAGGGAUAACUGGAUGGAUCCACCCAGACUUACUUGAGGAACUUCGUGAGUUCAUCAAGGAAGACGUGAAGAAGACGAGUGAGGAUAUGGACGCAGACGAAGAUAUGGAUACCGGGGAUGAUUUCUGAGAACGUUUCACAUAUAUUCGAUCAAUUUUUUCGCUUAACAUAUUAGCGUGUUUGCACUCCAAGUAAAAUGUGCGCGUGAACAAAUAGCUACGCCUAUGACGCCGGCCAAUUGCGCGCGCAAAAUGCUAGCUAUACCUUCGAUACAUAGAGCCAUGUACUCUGGUAACCUUCACUUUGAG